AUGGGUGACGAUAAAUUAGCAAGCACUUCAACUGAAAUUGAAAUUCUGUGCAAAGACCUUGUGAUUGAAGUUCCAGAUAACAUUGAAACUACCAUGCGGAAAGAGAUCUGUUUCUGCAUGUUCCGACUGCCUAAGGAAAAACUGGAAACAUUUCGGAAGGAACUUGUGAGCGCCAUUAAAGAUUGUGAAGUUCGCACUCGCAAUUAUUAUCAAGAUGAGGCAUUUAAAAAUUUCGACGAUCCAAAAGUGUUUCCGAAUAAGAUUCGGAGUAAACCCUGGCUGAAAGCUGCUAUUCAACGGGACCUGAUAUUGCUUGAAAACCAGCUACCGUUCUCAAUUCUUGUGGAAUUAUAUAGCGUUGCCACCAAGUACAUUGAAACCGAUUGCUCUUCUUUCCUGGAACUUUCUUGCCAGUACUUCAAAGAUCACAACAAGAUCAAUUCCGACCGUAAAGAACCAUUAAAUUUCACUGAUUUGGUAAGAUCUUUUUUGUCCUCCAAACACCCAAAGUCAUAUUUUGAUGUGCCAAUUAAAAAUCUUCACAGAGCAACUAGGCUGCACCAGGCAGGAUUGAAGUUCAAGCCAUCACCAAAUGAAUGCUUGCUUGACAUAAUAGCAGGGAGUUCUAUCAAGAAAACUGAGUUGCGUGUUCCACCCCUUGAGAUUGACGAUAAUACUGAAUUUCUCUUACGAAACCUUAUGGCGCUGGAGCAAUGUUAUUAUCCUCGUCAAGAGUACAUCUGCCAUUAUGUUAAAUUUUUGGAUUUUCUUGUGGACAUCAGAGAAGAUGCAAAUUUGCUCAUUAAAAAAAAAGUUAUUGUUAAUAGGCUUGGAGAAAGUGCUGCUGUAGCUGAGCUGAUUGACAAACUUUGCCUAGAAAUUGUAGAAGUAACUUCAUGUUAUAACGAUCUCGCCAAAGAGUUGAAUGAUUACUACGAUGGCUGGUGGAACCAAAGUUGGGCCUACAUGAGAAGAGUGUAUUUCAAGAAUGUUUGGAUAGGCACUGGAACUGUUGUUGCAUUGAUCGCCCUGGAUGCUCCCCAUACGAGCCGUAGCCGGGUGACUCCAACAUGCCCCGUCAGACAGCAUUGUGUGAAUCCUACACCACCAGUUAUGGGCGUCCUUGUUGGUGGGUUCUUACCUGGGUGA